GUCGUCGGUAAAACAAUCUCCCCUCGAAAUAAGUUCCUAUUCUACGGGUAUAACCUAUCCGUCUUGGCUCUAUUUUUUUUUCUAUUAUUAUUCUUUUUCACUGCUCCAUUCAUCACAUUUAGCAUCUUUUUUCUAAUUUCUUUUUCUUCUCCACCUUGUAUUACAAAACUAGCCAAUUUAGCUCGCCGAUAGUCUUUCAUCACAUAUAUAGCGAGACAUGGAUUCACAGUACCCUGCUACUUCAUUACCACCUCCGGCACAAUACUAUGCAUCCGGUGCGGGCACCACGGCAACCGCACCGCCAAUGCCCGACGGGUUAGGUUCUUCAUCAUAUAUGCAUGAACCUCGGCAACGUCGACCAUCACCACAACAGGGUUACGAAGAUAAGGACGGCAACAACAGCAGCAGCAGCAGCAGCACUAGCAGCAGCACUGAGCAACAACCUCAGCAACAACCGCCCGCAGCGGGUGGGCUGUCAGGGAUUGAAGCUUAUUGCGGAUCGAUCGGAUAUGACGAGCGGGAAAAAAGAUCUUAUGAACUAGUAGUAUGCCAACAGCCACUGCACGCACGUAUGUGUGGUUUCGGCGAAAAGGACCGACGACCAAUUGAUCCACCACCGAUCGUCAAAUUAAUUGUUCAACAAGAAGGCCAACAAGGUCCUGUGGAUGUACAAACGCUACAAACGCCCUUCUUUGUAUUGCAUGUGACAUUAUGGUCUGCCGACAGAGAAGAGGAACGAAAUAUCAUUUCGAAUCCACCCAAAUGCACUCGUGUCUUGAUGGGGUCGUUGGUCAGCUCGCCCAGCUUACUAAAGAAUCCAGCAGGUGAACAGGGGUUGUACUUUGCAUUCCCAGAUUUGAGCAUUCGAACCGAAGGAAGAUAUACAUUACGGUUCAGUUUGAUGAAACUCGCUAGCUCGGAUUUUCAAACGGAUGCUAAAUCAAAGAUCAUUGCACAAGUAUUCUCGGAUCCAUUCACUGUGUAUUCUGCUAAAAAGUUCCCUGGCAUGACAGAAUCGACCGAACUAUCCAAGGCAUUUGCUAAGCAGGGAUUGAAAAUACCCAUUCGUAAUGAUGGUAAGCAACUAGAUACAUAGAUACAGUAAAGGAAUUCCAACAUAUGUUUAACGUGCAUUGUUUAUGUUGUACAUAGUACGGGCAAGGAAGGGCGGGUCUGAACUAUGAUCUCGUUGGUUUUUUGACCUUCUUCUCUCACAGCCUUGGCUUCGUCAACACCACAUAAAAACAACACAACACUACGCACAUUCGCUCACUCUCACUGUCACUCACAUACACAACUCACAACUCACCCAUACACAAAAGACAAUAAACAUGAUGCCUUGAAGAAAAAGGAAAUGGAUAUGUUUCAGACCGUUGGGUAGUACCUAUUGACUGCGGGACAAGUGCCUCAUUAGCGACCUCCAACUUUUGGUCAGUACGAUUUGCCCAAAUCGAGCUGGUGAUAGCACACUGGACGGGUC